AUUUAUCUCAUUUAUUAAAACUUAUGUAUUAACAAAACUAAGUAAUGUACCAAUAGAAUCCAAAUUAACAAAUUCCAGUUUAAUAACAUCGAGAUUACAACAUUCCUCCACCAGGUAUUAUGAAAAUUGAAUUGAAUUUAAGGAUAUAAGGCUCCAAGAUAUCCGAGAGAAGAGUUACCUGAAAAUUAAGAGCAAAAUUUAGAUUUAGGUGGUUCAUAUUAAAGUUAUCUAUAUAAUUGUGGAGAAUGUUGUGGUAAUUGUAAAGCAGUUUGUCCAUGCAACCCAUUUGUUGAAUAUCCUUAUGUUCAAGUAGAAUAGAGCUUUGUUGGUGUCUAUUUACGCUUUGGAAAGUAUAUAAAGACAGGUAUGAAUAUGAAAUAAGCAAGUUCAACCUGGAUUAAUAUACAUAAAUCCAUGUACUGACACAAUUUAGAAAGUUGAUUGUAAAGUUCAAAUGAUAGAUUGUCCAAGAUAAUAAGUGAUGACAAAAGAUAAUAUAUUAGUUAGUAUUGAUGCAACAGUUUACUAUCGAAUAGUAAUUCCUAGAAGAUCAAUUUUUUACAUAAAUGAUUUGCAUUAGGCAGUCACUCAGUUGACAUUAGCAACAAUAAAAAGUAUUGCAGGAUCACAUACUUUACAGGAUCUUUUAGAGAAAAGAGCAGAGGUUUAAUAGUAAAUAGAAGCUUUUGUUGAUGAACAUGUGUGGGAAUGGGGAAUAGACAUCGAGAAUAUGUUAAUUAAAGAUAUUUAAUUGAAUGCAGAUCUUUAGAAUACCUUGUCAAUGGCAGCAAAAGAAUAAAGGGCUGCAUAAGCAAAGGUGAUUUCAGCAUAGGGAGAUGUACAAUCAGCAAAAUUGAUGAGGUAAGCAGCUGAAUUAUUGGAUUCGAAAGCAGCUAUGCAAAUUAGAUAUUUAGAUACCAUAACCACUUUAGGAUAGUAAGGAUCAACAAAGGUUGUAUUGCUUCCUACAGAUUCUAAAUGAUAAUUAUAUAUAUUUGGUAAUAAUAGAAAAUAUUAUUCCAUAAAAUAUUGAUCAAAUAUAAGGAAGUGCCAU